AUGACGCAUCUAGAUGUGAAUUUAUCCUACUUGGAGUCCCAUUAUAGCAGUAGUGGCCCAGAGUUUAAGCGUGUUCUCUUCAAUUUUGGAGGUCAGAGUCCACUGAUUUUAUAUUAUCUUAAGAUGCAUGAACUAGCUGGUAUUUCCAAAGCCCCUGGACAAGUCAAGAUUAAACUCACUGAAAUAUUGAAAGAACCGCCACCUGCUCCAACUUAUUGUGAUAUUCUAAAGGAGGCAAAAAGACAAUUUGCAAACAACCAAAAGGAUUUUAGAAUAGAAAAGCACCUAAUUAAUGAAGAAAUAAAACUCCUAAGACAGCGACAGGAAAAAGUUGACAAGGAGCUUCAUAGGCUCCAAGCAAAGGCUACUAAGAAACCUUACGAAGUUAAGAAUGAUUUUGAGAAUUUCCUACAAAAACUGCGUUCUGAAGCCCGAACUGAGAGACAACUUCUGGCAUCACUAUCAUCAUCAACAACAGAAGACUUCAACCUUGAGGAAGAAGAAUGCCAAGAGGAACCAGAAAUAAACUGUAUUUAAGAAUGUAUGUUUAAUUCAAGUACAAUCCAUGAGAGUGUCAGAUUAGCCCAUAAGAGCAUGAGGAGAAGAGCACACACAUGUGGAUUUGCACUUCAUUCUUCCCCAUUCCGACCUGCUCAGGAGAAUGACUGCAAGAGGCCGAGCAGCAUGGCCAGCCAUGGAAUAAAACUGUGGGAAGACUUCUGAGGAAGACAGCAAAUUAACUUUGAUUAUCUACAAUGACUCUAACUUCAGUUACAGAAACAUGUCCUACUGCAACGGCUGUGUCUAUAGUGCUUAUGUAUUCCCUUGAAUAACAACUGAGACCUCCUUACCAUUCAUUUUCAACCGUGCUGAACAGUGGCUGAGCUGGUGCAGUGGGUCUGGGAAAAAUUUGGAAAAUAAAUGGAAGCUAAGCAACCUGGCUUGCUGGAAAGAGCCUGGGCUGAGAAUCUAAAGGUCUGUCAUUUGUUCUCAUCUGUGUGACAACUCGCUGUACCCAAGUUGCUACUUCUAUAGAGCUCCAAAAUGAGGCUGAAAAUUAUUUCUCAGGAUCCUUCCUGCGCUAACAUUUUAUGAUUCUAUGAAGAACUUCCUCCAAGAAUUCCCCUCAUAUUGCUGUAUUUUGGAAAAAGGAUAACUGUGACCAUUGCCUUCUGUUUGCAUCCCCAGUUGUACUCUCUGCUCUCCUCUACCCGCUGCCUGCCCCAGAAGGCUGACCUGGAUGGAUUACACCAGUGGGUUCCCUUGCCUCUAGAUUGGGGAAAGGGAGAAGAUCAGCAAGAGAUGGGAGGGAAUUAUGUCCUUCCUGCUCACUGGGUGGUGAUAUGCGCGAGCAGGCGCAAACACAGUUCAUUAUAUCAAUAGCAUGAUUCCUGUUUAACUCAAACACAUGAGACCUGCAACAGAUUUUUAUACUUGACUUAAAUCCCUCAAACCUCCCCCUUAUAGGACUCGUACUAGCCACAGCCAGAAAAUCAGCCUAAUUUGGACUUCACCCCUGACUCCCCUCAGCAAUAGAGGGCCCCACCCCCAUAUCAGCCUUACUCCACUCAGGCACAAUAGUUGUGCAGGAGUCUUCCUACUUAUUCAAUUUUACCCUUUAACAGAAAACAACAAACAUAUUCAAGCAAUAGCGCUAUGAUUAGGAGCCCUUGCCACCCUAUUCACAGCAAUAUGCGCUGUCACCCAAAACGACAUUAAAAAAAUUGUCGCUUUCUCCACUUCAAGCCAAUCGCAUCAACCAACCCUGUCUAGCAUUCUUACACGUA